AUGGCAGAGAAAGAAGAAAGAGUGAAGCUUCUAGGGUUUUGGGCAAGCCCUUUCACCUGUCGGGUCGAGAUGGCUCUCAAACUUAAAGGCGUACCUUACGAGUACUUGGAGCAAGAUAUUGUCAACAAGAGCCCUUUGCUUCUCCAGCUAAACCCGGUUCACAAGAAGGUUCCGGUUCUUGUCCACAAAGGCAAACCAAUACUCGAGUCAAAUCUGAUCCUCGAAUACAUCGACCAAACAUGGACAAACAAUCCAAUUUUUCCUCAAGAUCCCUACAAGAAAGCCACGGCUCGAUUCCUUGCCAAAUUCGUCGAUGAACAACUCGCACCAGUUGGAUUCAGGUCUCUAGUGAAGGCAGAGAAGGGAAUCGAGGUUGCAAUCAAGGAGGCUCAAGAACUCAUUAUGUUUCUUGAGAAAGAAGUCACCGGAAAAGAUUUCUUCGGCGGAGAGAAAAUUGGAUUCUUGGACAUGGUUAUCGGAACUAUGAUCCCAUACUGUGGUGUUCGAGCGUGGGAGUUUAUGGGAAUCGAUAUGAUUCCAGAGGAGAAGUUUCCAGAACUAAACAGAUGGAUCAAGAAUUUGAAUGAGGUUGAGAUCGUGAGAGAAUGUGUACCUCCAAGAGAAGAACAUAUUGAGCACUUGAAAAGAAACGCAAAGAGAAUCAAAUCUGCCUAUAAGAGACAAACAUGA